AAUUAACAAAUAAACAGGCAGAACUUCUAAUUGCAAAGGAAACUAGCUGAUUCGGAUCUCCCACUUCUAGGCGUUGAGCUGCUGGACUGCUUCCCACCUGAGAAUACCGUAGCUUCUACGUUAGAGUCCCACACAGGAAUUAAACCAAUGAGGGCAGAUUAUCCAUUCUUACUCCAACACCCAGGAAAAAAAUCCCACCAGCAAGUCAACAAUUAGAAAUUGUAAUACAGUAGAUCUCUGCCCUUUGUAUUUAAACUGCUUAAAGAAAAGGCGCCCAUUAAAACUUUCAUGAGGUUUACGAAUUCUAGUGAUAGGAUCCGGAUUUGGGAAUCCAGCAGCGGGAGCCAGACUUCGUCUGACUUGGAUUUGGGUGAAAGGCAGGCUGUACCUCCGCCGAAAACCGAAGGUGCAAAAGAAAGGGCAGACGCUUCGUCGUGGUUUCUGCGCAUGUCGAGAAAUGCGGCGCAUGCCAAGAACCGCGGCCUCCGCUUUCCUUUUCCGGGGCCCCAGAACCUGGAUGAAAGGCGGUGAACAGUCGAAGAAGCCGGAGUAAGAAGGUGUAAUUCAGGCUGCGGGGCUGUGAGCUGUAGUGAGGCCCGGUGCAUGGCGGUCAGGCGGCGGACUCGGCCCUCCACAGGUUUAAAAAGAAGGAUAGGUUUAGGACAAGCUACCUCUAUGCUUCGGUUGCUUAAUUUUCAGUUUGGUGAUCUGUGAAAGUUCUUCACUUGGUACAGAAGCAUGAAACCACUGGAUAGCCAAAUAAGCUGCAUCAGUGGGAACAGCGUUCAGUGUUGAAUACAUGUCUAAGAAGUUGCCAUCAGAACAAAAUGGAGAGCUUGAGUCUACAGGCAAUGACCCUUUCUGAUGGGACAACAGCCUAUGUUCAGCAGGAUGCAAGUGAAGAGAAGUUAAUUGAAGGACAAGUGAUUGAACUUGAAGAUGGAUCCACAGCUUUUUUCCAACAAGUAACACUACAGAAAGAAUCGAUUACCUUUGAAGAUGGUCAGCCUGUUGCACUGGAAGAUGGCACCAUGGCUUUUAUACAUCACACUCCCAAAGAGGGUUUUGACCCCAACACCGUGGAAGCCAUCCAGCUGGAAGAUGGAUCUACAGCUUUCAUACACCAUCCUGUUUCCACGACAGUAGGUGGAACCAUCCUGGCUGUGCAAGCAGAUGUGGGGCUGGAGGAAUUGGCAGUAGGGAAGAAAGAUGAUGCUUUUGAUUUAGAUACUGAUACCACUCUGAAGGAUUAUGCCAGCAAGCAGGAUUUCCAGGAAGAAGAAGUGAAGAGCAGUGGACAUGAACCAAAAAUCCCAGACAAAGCUUUUUGUUGUAGAUACAGUGGAUGUAGCCGCCUCUUUACCACAUCCCACCAUUUAAAGGUGCAUGAGCGUGUUCAUACAGGCGAUCGGCCAUACCAGUGUGAUUUUACAAGCUGUGGGAAAACUUUUGCUACAGGUUAUAGUCUGAAGAGCCAUGUGAGAACCCACACUGGCGAGAAGCCAUACAAAUGCCAAGAGGAUUUAUGCACCAAAGCCUUCAAGACUUCUGGAGAUCUCCAGAAACAUAUCCGAACACAUACUGGUGAGCGGCCCUUCCAGUGCCCUUUUGAAGGCUGUGGCCGCUCUUUUACCACCUCCAAUAUACGCAAGGUCCAUAUACGAACACAUACAGGAGAGCGUCCAUAUAUGUGCCCAGAGCCUAACUGUGGAAGGGGUUUCACUAGUGCCACCAACUACAAGAAUCACAUGAGAAUCCAUACAGGGGAGAAGCCAUAUGCAUGCCUGGUACCAGGCUGUGGAAAACGCUUCACUGAAUAUUCUAGUCUCUACAAACACCAUGUAGUUCACACACACUGCAAACCAUACACUUGCAACACCUGUGGCAAAACCUAUCGGCAAACUUCUACUUUGGCAAUGCAUAAACGUACCAUGCAUGGGGAGCUGGAAGCCAUGGAUGAGACUGAGCAAGCCCUCUGUGAACACCAGAUGGAAGAUACCAUAGUGGAUAACAGCAUGCCUCAACUGAAGCACCAAUGUAUUGUUUCUAUGAAGAUGGAAGAUGAAGUACAGGAAGAUUCCGUGCCAUCAGCAGCAGCUCUUGUUUCUCAGGAUGGUGUAGAGCAGGUCACAAUAGUAGCUUCUGGGACACCGGUAUCUGAAGAUUCAUUCAGAGCAUCCAUCCAUGAUCAGCACAUGGCAGUGCUAGGAACAGCUAAUGGUACUCCUGUUGCUGUUCAGUUGGAAAUGCAACCGAGCCUGGGAAGUACGAUCAGUGUGGCAACUACAGCACUUCACCAAGAGUCUGCAGCACUGAAAACAGCCACAUUGAAAAAUGGAUGUUGAGACUUUGUCCUGAGCAUUUGAAGGAAAGAAGUGCAGUGCAGAAACAAGAAUAGUUGGAUAGGUAACAGAUUCUUCAAGGGCUUGCAGUUCAGGAGUCAGGUGAUGGGUAACUAAAUGCCCAUCUGAAUCUGGAGAGAGUUUUUAAGAAUUGUUUACAGCUAGUCAUGCAUGCAGUUGAUAACUGACAAUAGAUGAUGGAGCAACAUUUUUGCUUGACUUUUUUUAAAUAAAUGGACCUACAAUAUGCUUUAUAUCCAUUUUAAGAAAGCAACUUCCCCAGGCUAGCAUUUGUCUUAUCAUUUGGAUCUUUAUCAUUUCUAGUACAUAUUAAUGGAGCAAGCAGUUGUGUUUCACUGACCAUUUUUGGAUUGGAAAGCCUUUAAAGUUUGACUUUUAUUGGAUUUCAGCAACAAGAACUUUUAUCAUUUCAGAGUUUGUAGCAUUUAAGAAUGUGUUUAGCAGUGAAUGUCCAGAAAGGGAUCAUAGCUACUCCAUAUCCUAGAGAACUAUUAGCAUGAAAGGAAUGAAGUGCCCUCUAGAUAAGACUACCAGUGGCAGUUCCAAGAUGCAUAGUAUUGGGGACAGGGAAAUAGCACUAUGGAAGCUUUCUUUCUCCCUCCCCCCCCAAUCUACCAGGGUCACCUCUAAAUCUCAGCAAGAGUCUAAUAGAUGGAGGUAGACAAUCUAAACUGAACUUGGGAAUGAAUUGAAUUGGUUUUAUGUAACAUUUUAUUUUCCUCUUUCACUCUGGAAGAGAUAAUGAAAGGUUCAGAUGUUUAUUUAAUAAAACUUUGAACUUGUUUUCUAA